AUGCCUAACAUAAGUAUAGUGAAAGGUUUAACCAAACCUGUGAAAAGAUCUAAAAAUUACACCGCAAUAGCUAAAUUAUCUAACAUCACUGUAGUAGGUGGUGUGUAUAAAUCUCUUAACCCUGCAAUUGGAAUAAAUAGAGCUGUGGUUAAAAAGAAUAACAAAGCUCAGCGAAAGAAAGCACCUCCUAAGUUACCGGAAAAGAUAGAUGAUAACCGACCUAUUACUGAAAGACAGAUGCAUUGUAUAAAUAUAGAAGUCUUUUUAACGCACACAACAGCAACGCCGAUACGAAGUCACGACGGGUUUUCUUAUAUGUGUUGCUUUUGUAACGAGAACUUCGUGAAUCCAGCUGAUUUGAAAGAUCAUUCGUUGAUGAAGCAUAAAAACGCUCACGAUAUCAUUGAAUUCAUGAAGAAGCAAAGACCUGAUGCAUUUUUACUGAAGCUCGAUAUCACGUUGUUGAAAUGUACAAUUUGCGAUACAAGUAUCGACACAGUAGACGAAUUGUUUGAUCAUUUGCAAAAUGAACACAAAAAGCGACUGCACACAGAGGUGAAGUGCCAGAUAGUUCCGUUCAAAUUUGGCGGUGAACAACUGCAGUGUGCGUUGUGUUCUCUCUUCUUCACCAAAUACAAGAUCCUUUUGGAACACAUGCACACGCAUUUCAGGAAUUUCGUCUGCGACAUCUGCGACGCGGGCUUCGUCAGUCGCAGAGCGAUGUUGUCACACAAAGACACUCACACCAAAGGCUCGUUCGAAUGCGGGGAGUGCAGCAAAGUGUUCGAGAAUCCCCAGAGACGAAGAACACACAUGAAUGCAGUCCACAGAUUCAUGAAUUUGCCGAGCAAGUGCGGCAUCUGCAAGGAGAGAUUCACAGGCGGCCGCCUGAAGGAUUUACAUAUGAUCGCCGUCCACGGAAUGUCUCCAGUUAUCAGGAAAUGUUUGGCUUGUGACAAAACCUUCCCCAGCCAACAAGCUUUAAGGAUACACACUAAAAAGUAUCACUUACUGGAACGGAAUUUCCAAUGCAGCGAAUGUGAUAUGAAGUUCUUUACCGGAGCGUUGUUGAAGAAUCACAUGUUGAAGCAUACAGGGCAGAAGGAUUUCCAGUGCGAUGUCUGUUUGAAGUGGUUCGGUAGGAAAUGUGUUUUGACCGAGCAUAUGCGAAUACAUAUGAAUGACAGGCGGUUUGUUUGCAUGCAUUGCGGCCGAGGGUUCGUGCAGAAGUGCAGUUGGCGCGGACAUUUGCGGACUGUGCAUGGAGAGAUUGAUGACGGCGUGAUGACAAAUCAACACGAUGCAAGCUACGGUCCCUAA